AUGCACGCCGCCGGACUCUCCGACGGAGCCAUCGAAGGUGUUCUGAAGAUCGCUGCCACUUACAAGCCAAAGGACGAUGAGCCAAAGCGUGACGCCGCUACCGCCCUCGCCGUCAUCACCAAGAUGAUCGGAGAGCUCAACGAGUACAUCAAGAGCCAAUCGGAAGCAGAUCAAAAGAUCUACCACGCCAUCAUUGAGAAGAAGAAGGCCGAGCUUAUCGAGGCCGCUCAGAAUCAGUAA